AUGGCACAAAAACCCACGUAUACCGAUCAACAACUGGAGUUGUACCUGAACCGCAUCGGGUACUCCCACUCCGCUCAAUCCGAGAGCAAUCUUCUUCAGCAUCUCCGCCAGAAUAUCGAGAAUGAUGCACUUUCUGCGCUAUGUAAUCUGCAAAGGCGACAUCUCGCGGCCAUUCCAUGGGGCAACUCAGGGCUGCAUUACUCGCAACAUCAUACUAUCUCUCUGAACCCGCAGAGUCUCUUUGAGAAGAUGGUGGAGCGGCAGCUAGAUGGGUACUGCAUGGAGAAUACGGGAAUCUUCUAUAUUGUUUUGCGGUCCCUGGGGUAUCUUGUUUACGCCACUGGAGGUAGAGUCAGUCAUGCUGCGGUGAAGGGAUUGGACAAUGGAUUAUAUUUGUCACUUGGGCACAUGGUUUUAAUUGUGAUCAUUGGAGGAGAGAAGUACAUGGUUGAUGUCGGGUUUGGAAACAGUUGUGCCACUGCUCCACUAUUACUUCAAGAAGGUGCUACUGCUACGGCUAUUGCUCCAUCGGAGAUGCGCAUAGUCAGGGAAAGCAUUGCCGAGUUCACAGAUCCAAGUCAAAAGAUUUGGAUCUACCAAACAAGAUACAACCCUGAGAGCAAGUGGUUGCCACAGAUCUGCUUUUCCGACGUGGAGUUCUUGCCGCAGGAUUUCGGCGUUAUGAACUUCUCCGUCAGCCAGAGCCGAACUAGCUGGUUCACCCAAGUUUUUGUCUGCAUGCGAAUGAUUUUGGAUCAAAGUGGCACAGAGAUCAUUGGCCAGUGCGUUAUGUCAGGUAAAGAAGUCAAGGAGAGAUUGCGAGGGAAAACGGAGACCUUGCAGGUGCUGGAGACUGAAGAGGACCGCGUUAAGGCCCUGGCCAAGUAUUUCGAUAUGCACCUCCGUGAGAGCGAGAUCCAAGGGAUUCGAGGAAUGAUCUCGGAGCUCAAGUAG